UCAUCAAUUGCUGUCAAACAAAUUAAAUCUUUCAAAACACGUGUUUAUUAAAGUUUGAAAUAAAGUGCGGUUUUUGUGAGUUUUAGAUUUAAGUGAACUGCAGUGAACUAACUCACAAUUUUUAUAAUAUGUUAUGGUGAUUCGUAUAAACAAUGCCACCAUAUAAAACGGGAUUACUUAAAAGAAAAAUAUCGGAAAAUACCAAUAAAACAAAGGAUAAUAGCAGUAACAGCAGUAGCAGCUGUGAUGAUCACAAUUUAAUUCGCGGUGACUUGGAUAAAGAGGCGGAUUCCUCGGACUCGGACAACGAGGAUGGUCAUGCCCCCUCCGACACCGAACUAGAUGGAGUAGUGUUUGACAGCGGAGACUCUCUUCUGAGUGAUGAUGCUGCUAAUGAGUCUUUAGAGGAGUCAUCGGAUGUUAGUGAUUCAGAGGAAGAUGAAGCAUCAGAUGGAAGGGAGAAGGAGAGUGACGAUGAUACAAGUGAUAGCAACACUAAAGCAACAACACAUAAAUAUAUUCAGUCAAAUACAAACAUAACAAAAAGUAAAUUAAAGCCUGACAAUGAAGACAGUGGUGCGGAAUCGGGCAGCGGGAGCGCAUCACGCGUACAACACUCACUCCCACAUAAAAACAACGAGAAGCCAUUUAAAAAGAAAGAAUUUAAACAAAAAGCGACAAAAGUUGCAGCAGAAAAAAAGAAAGCAAAUAGCAGUUUAGAUGCUUUAGAGCAAAAGAUAAAGGAUGUUCAGGUCAACAUACAACCGGUGCAAGAAAAAGACGAGUACGAGUCCGGCGACACGUCGGAUGAGGAGGGGCGCGUCAACACGGCGGGCGAGGUGCCGCGCUGGUGGUACGCGGAGUACGACCACGUCGGCUACGACGCUGACGGCCGCCGCAUCGCGCGCCCCCCGCACGCCGACCGCAUCGACGACUUCCUCAGGAAGUGCGAGGACCCGGACUUCUGGCGCACCGUGCGCGACCCCUCCACCGGCCAGGAGAUCAUACUGUCCAAGAAAGACCUCGAACUGAUAAGCAGAAUACGCGAGGGCCGAGUGCCCAAUGCGGACCAUGACGAAUAUCAGCCCUGGGUGGAGUGGUUCAGCAGCGAGGUGCUGGCGACGCCGCUGCGCGCCUUCCCCGAGCACAAGCGCUCCUUCCUGCCCUCGCGCGACGAGCAGCUCCGCGUGGCGCGCCUAGUGCACGCCCUCCGCAUGGGCUGGACCAAGACCCGCCGCCAGCUGGCCGACGACCGCCGCCGCAACAAGGAGUUGAAGUUCUAUGACCUGUGGGGCUCCGGCGCGCAGGAGGAGGCGCCGCGCUCGCUGCAGCGGCACAUCCCCGCGCCGCGCCGCCCGCCACCCUCGCACGCCGAGAGCUACAACCCCCCGCCCGAGUACCUGCUCGACGACAAGGAGGUCCCCGCACUUUGCACACACCGCUACCCACUGACGAUCAGGCCGGAGGAGCUGGUGCCGCAGCUGCCGGCGCCGCGCGACCUGCAGCCCUUCCCCACCGGCGAGGUGCUGCAGUUCCGCGGCCACGCCGGCCUCGUGCGCUCCGCAGACUUCGACCCCGCCGGCCAGUACGUCGUGUCCGGCGGCGACGACGGCACCGUCAGGAUUUGGGAGGCGAGCUCGGGGCGCUGCCUGCGCACCGUGGAGCUGGGCGAGCCGGUGCGGCUGGUGGAGUGGACGCCGGUGGGCGGGCUGACGCUGGUGGGCGCGGCGGCGGGCCGGCGUCUGCUGCUGCUCAAUCCGGGCGGGCACGUGGGCGCACACCGCGCCGCCCAGCGCACCGACCUGCUGCUGGCCGAGCCGCCGCCCGCGCACGACGUCCGCAUGGACGAGCGCACGGCGGGCUGCGUGCAGUGGGAGGAGGUGGACGCGGCGCAGUGGGCGCGCGGCGUGCGGGUCGCCGUGGCGCACUUCAAGCCGGUGCAGCACUUCUCGUGGCACGCGCGCGGCGACUACGUGGUGGCGACGCUGGAGGAGGGCGCGUCGCGCGGGGUGGUGGUGCACCAGCUGUCGCGCCGCCGCAGCCAGCUGCCCUUCCGCCGCAACGCCGGCCGCCUGCAGUGCGCCGCCUUCCAUCCGCACCGUCCGCUGCUCUUCGUGGUGACGCAGCGCGCCGUGCGGGUGUACGACCUGGUGAAGCAGGAGCUGGUGCGCAAGCUGUUGGCGGGCGCGCAGUGGCUGAGCGCGCUGGCGCUGCACCCGGCCGGGGACAACCUGCUGCUCGCCUCCUACGACCGGAAGUGCAUCUGGUUCGACCUGGAGCUGUCGUCGCGGCCCUACCAGACGCUGCGGCUGCACGCCGGCGCCGUGCGCUCCGUCGCCUUCCACCGCCGCUACCCGCUCUUCGCCUCCGCCGGCGACGACACCAACAUCGUCGUCUGCCACGGCUGCGUCUACAACGACCUGCUGCAGAACCCGCUGCUAGUGCCGCUGAAGCAGUUGCGCGCGCCGCCGCCGCGCGACCAGCUCAGCGUGCUGCAGGUGCGCUGGCACCCCGCGCAGCCCUGGCUGCUGGCCGCCUGCGCAGACGGCACGCUGCGUCUCUACGCCUAGCGCCCAAACCUCCUCGCUUUACAACAUGUGUAAAUAAACA